AUGACCGUCGACGCGGCUGAUGAGUUCGGCAAGGCGGUAUUCAGCCAGGCUGUAGCCAAGAUCCUGGAUAAUAUGGGAUUCUCAGCCUCGACAGAUGAAGCGUUGCACUUGCUUAGUGCGCUGAUGAAGAGAUAUUUCGAGGAUUUAUGCAAAAGAACUGCUUUGUACAAAGAAAAUGGUGAGUAUUUAUAUUUUUAUUGAAGUUUAGAAAAAAUUUGUGCCAGUAAGACGAGAGAAUGCUAAUCCUACGCAAUAGAUUUAAGAAUACUCUUUCUUAUGAUGAUUUUUAGCUCAAAGGAAGAAUUGUACCUUUGGCGAUAUUAAUAGGGCCUUCCUGGAUCAAGGAAUCGUCUUCUCAGAGCUCCAUGACUACGUUUUACAAGUUGGAAACCUCCCGGUGACUAAGGUACUACUUUAAUCUUUUAAAUAAUGUAACACUCCUCUUAAUCCAAGAUAAUUGAAUAAUGCCUUUCUUGAAGGUUCCACCCUACCCUGUGAAGAAAUUAAAAGAUGCUGUGACGGGUUAUUACUCAGAGAAACCGAAAGUUUAUAUAAAUCCUGAUGAAGUUCCUUCGAUUGAGAGUCUGGGGACAGGCGAGGUGUUAGAGCCUGAGGUAAUUGAGAUGGACGAACCUCGACCGUCGACUUCGGAAGCUAUGGAUACGAGUGAUGUGGACAGUAAUGGAGAGAAGGAGAAGGUCGUGGUCAAACAAAAAUUGUAAGAGAUUUAUUUAGCAGUACAAAAAAGUUUUCUUUUGUGGUGUUUGUGAGUUACUUUGACUUCUUUUUUGAAUUAUAAACAUGAUUUAAAUUUAUUUUAGAUACACUUUACCGGCCGAAAAAGCGAUCACCAUCCCCAAUUUCCUGGAUAUGAAAGCAGAUGAUCUUGGGAUUGAUUUCACCCAAAAACCAGCCAAAGAGGAGCCGGAGACUCCAUUCAACAAGUCAUAUGAGAGUUUUACAUUCACUCCAGUCAAAUCGGACACCUCGAACAUCUCAGAAUCUCAUCAGACAAUACCUCCGCCCAUUCAGAAGUCUCAAACUCCAGUUUUAAAACCGAUCGGACCUCCUCCCUUGAAACUAUCAAAGCCCAGAAACUUUGGAAUGGCCCCGUUCUUACCGCCGGAGGCUGCGCAAGUCAUUGAUAUCAAAGAAGAACCUCAAACUCAAGUUCAACCAAGUCUAGUACAAGAGGGACUUGACAUUAAAGAAAAAGUAAGUUUUUUUCUGUAAUUAAGACUUCUUUAACUUUUAGUCGAAGAAACACAAGAAGGAGAAGAAAAAAGAUAAGGAAAAGAAGAAGGAAAAGGAUAAAAAUAAGGAAAAGAAGCACAGAGAGAAGAAGGAGAAGGUUGUGAAAGGGCCAUUGCCUCCAAUGCCAGGUCUGGAUCGGUUUGAAUCCUUUCCAUCAGCGCCGAUUUUGGCACCAAUUAGUCGAAAUGAAAAGUAAGUUAACUGGAUUUAUUCAAGUUGUCUGUAUUUGGCAAUUGUAAUAUGACUUUUGUUUAGUAAAAUCCCGACCCCACCAGUCUCAGUCCCACCUCCCCCUCCAAUGGAGCCAAUCUCGAUAUCAAUUCCAUCUUCAAUGCCGCCGGCACUAUCUUCAAAUCCACCUCUCUCAGAAACUCUUAAAAUUCCAUCAGGGCCUCCUAAAUUGCCAGAUGAAUCAAAAGAAACGCCUCCGCCGACGUUGGAGCCGGCUGAAGCUACAGUAAUCCAGCCGGCGCAUGCUGAAAAUAAAGUGGAAGAAGCCAAGGUAACGAUCUUUUUUUUAUUUUUAUGGAUUGUAGAGUAGUUUCCUUUUUGAAUGUAAUAAUCUUGAAUUCAAUUUUUAGAAGGAUAAACACCACAAAAAGGACAAAGAUAAGAAGGAAAAGAAGAAAAAGAGGGACAAAGAGAAGAAGGAGGGGAAGAAAAGAGAUCACGAAGGGCACGUCCUCCCUCCAGUCACCUCUGUUAUCACUUCCCAGCCGUCUGCCACUAUGGUUGAUUCAGCUCCGAUGAUCUCAAAACCCGCUGGAAUCAAAAUAAAAUUCAAACUUGGCGGCCAGAACUCGAUCGGCGAAAGUUUUUCCCCUCCGAAAGAUGCGGUAAUCCCAGAAGAACCCCCACGAAAACAGCCCAAAUUGGAACCGAUUUCAAUUCAAACGGAGCCGGCGCCGUUGAAAGUGGAGCCGUUGAGGAUAUCCCCGCCAAAGCCAUUUAUUCCAACACAAAUUACACCUGAACCAAGUGCAGUAUCAAAUGAAGCUGAGAAGGAGAAAAAAGAGGAGCCAAUGGAGAUAACGGAGGAACCGAAGAUCGGGGAAUUACCAAAGUCACCGAAGAAACACAAGAAAGAAAAGAAACAUAAGAGGGAUAAAGAGAGGGAGGAAGGGGAAGAUAAUGGAGAAAAAAGGUUGGUUUUCGAAUGGAAAGCAUUUGAAUACGCAAAAAAUUGUUCAGGACGUAAUAUGAAUUGCUUGUUUUUGACUUUGAAGUUCUGAUUUAUAAAUUUCAGAGAGAAGCACAAAAAGAAAAGCAAGGAUAAGGAGCGCAAAGAGAAGAAGGAGAAGAAAAAGCACAAGGAAAAAGAGGAUCGACCAAUCAUCGACCGGCCGGCCUCCAAUCUCGAUGACACCCCACCAAAACUUCCAUCAGAGCCAUCAUUUAAAGUCAAAUUCCCUUCGGAAGCUAAACCUGAAACACCAGUAAUUGAAACUCCAAAAGUAGAGCCGGUCCCUGUGAUUUCAACGAUGCCAAUCCCGCCAGCUGCCAUAACCCCAUCAAUUGGGGACGCAUCGAUUGAAAAGGAUAAGAAAAAGAAGAAAAAAGAGAAGAAACAGAAGAAAGAUAAGGAAGAAAAGAAGGAUAAAGAGGGAAAGAAGGAGAAGAAGGAUAAGGAAAAGAAAGACAAACCGAAGAAAGACAAGGAGAAGGAGGUGGACGCAAGCAGAACAUCGACUCCAAAGUUGGUGGAGAAGGAGAAGCUAAGUUCAUCAGCAGCGUUGAAGCCGAAGAUUAAGGUGAGUAUUGGUUGAUUUGAGCUGGUUACAGUGGGAAGGUUAGACCUUGAUGAAAUUUUUACGAAAAUUGAGAUUUGAUUUUUCUUGGGAUAGUAGUUUAACUUCUUGAUCACUUACAAUGUGUAGGAAGACUUUGAAGAAAAUAUGAGGCUGCCGUUCAAUUCCAUUAUUAUUCUCUUUUUUGCAUCAAGACUACUUGUAAUGCUUUUAUAUAUUUUUUUAAUUUUCAGCCUGAUAAGCAGCUCUCUCGGCCCGAAACUCCGGCAACUCGCCCUUCGUCGACCAUCAAAGAGCCCAUCUCCACCCCCACCCCACCCAAGACUCCUGUGGAUAAGAUUCCUCGCCCUUCCAGCUCCAAAACAAAAACCCCAAAAGCCUCGAAACCAAGACUAAAAAAGGGGAAAAAAGGGAAAGGAGAAGGCGAUGACCACGUCUGGGUAUGUCCAAAAUGUUCGGUGGCUUAUGUGGAUGGCGCUGCGGAUAUGGUCGGUUGUGAUGGCUGCGACCAGUGGUACCAUUGGCACUGCGUGGGCAUGGUGAGACCCCCAGCCGAUGAUCAAGAUUGGUUCUGCCCGGAAUGCACAAAGAAAAGGAAGGGAGGGAAAAUAAAGGGAAAGAAGAAUUAA